AUUAUAGAAUUGGGACGAAAGAGCAAAGUCUGAAGCUUGAAGUUGAACUGCAUUACCUUCACGAUGAGCGAGACUCGACCAGUGCCAAGGAGAGAGAGCCCAUGGGGGAGGCCAGAGGGAGAUCAUCGUGAACCUAAGGCCCAUCGCUGCAAUGACCGAGCCGAGGACGUCAUCCAAGCUUGUUUUGAGGGCAACCCAUUCAAGACAGUUCCAGGGCCAUUUAAGCUUUUCUGGCAGUGCAUGCGAUCCAAACCCGGGGAGGAACCAACGGAGCCAUAUACAUAUUUGCAGCUGGAUCCCCCAACUAGAGAGGUGAAACUGGAGUAAAACCACCUUGGCUUCGUAAACAAUUUCAUUUUUAGGUUGGCUCGUCUCAAAAUUUCCAAUUUUUGUUAUCUAUUGUCUAAAUAAUAUAAUGUUGGAGUGCCACUGAGAUUACGGCUUCAUAUGCUCUAACUAUACCGACAGUUGAACUCAGCAGCUUAUUUGAUUUCUAUUUGAACCAACAACGUAAUGUCAUCUUCUUUUACAUGAG